UCAGCUUAGAAAGGGUCUUCUUCUACGUUAUUGUUUCCUUUGUACUGAUUGUUAAACCAUUGCUUGCAGGAUUUUUCACUAUUGCAACUAAAUUUCCAAUGUCCAAACUAAAUUCCCAUGGAGCGACAGGGCUUAGAAACAUCAAUCUCGAAGAGAUCUGGGCGGACCUGGAAGGUGGAAUAAAACAAGUUUACAAGCAAGAACAAAGUCUUCGAUCGGCCCGUUACAUGCAGCUCUAUACACAUGUCUACAAUUACUGCACAAGCGUUCAUCAACAACCGGCGAAAGGACAAACAUCUUCGAAAGUGUCGAAAAAGGGAACUGCAGUUCCUUCUGGUGGGGCACAACUCGUAGGACAAGAGUUAUACAAACGAUUGAAGGAGUUUCUGGAGUACUAUCUUAUAGCCCUACAGGAGAAUGGUAUCGAUCUCAUGGACGAGGAAGUACUCAGUUUUUACACUAAACGUUGGGAAGAAUAUCAGUUUUCUAGUAAGGUCCUCAACGGCGUAUGUGCCUAUCUGAAUCGACACUGGGUGAAACGAGAGUGCGAGGAAGGUCGCAAAGACGUAUAUGAAAUCUAUCAAUUGGCGUUAGUAACGUGGCGUGGAAAUCUUUUCAAGCAUCUGAAUAAGCAGGUUACAAAUGCAGUGCUUAAGUUGAUUGAACGAGAACGUAAUGGUGAAACAAUUAAUUCACGAUUGGUAUCCGGUGUUAUAAAUUGUUACGUAGAGCUUGGUCUAAACGAAGAGGAUCCGAAUGCUAAAGGGCAAAAUUUAUCGGUGUAUAAAGAGAGCUUCGAAAAUAUAUUCCUUGAAGACACCGAAAUGUUUUACACCCGUGAAAGCGCGGAAUUCCUGCGGGAGAAUCCCGUUACCGAGUACAUGAAACGCGUGGAGCUUCGCCUAAACGAAGAGCAAAAACGUGUGCAGGUAUAUUUGCAUGAAAGCACACAGGACAGGCUAGCAAAAACAUGCGAGCGGGUGUUGAUUCAAAAGCACUUGGAACAGUUUCGUACCGAAUUUCAAAAUCUACUCGAUUCCGACAAGAACUCUGAUCUGCGUAGAAUGUAUUCACUGGUAGCACGCAUCGUCGAAGGCUUGGUUGAACUAAAAAGUAUUCUUGAAAUGCAUAUUCAUAACCAAGGAUUGGCUGCAAUUGCCAAGUGUGGCGAAGCUGCGUUGAAUGAUCCUAAAAUUUAUGUCCAGACGAUUUUAGAAGUUCACAAGAAAUAUAACGCUCUGGUACUUACUGCAUUCAACAAUGACAGUGGAUUUGUUGCUGCUUUGGAUAAAGCAUGUGGAAAAUUCAUAAACACAAAUGCAGUUACGGAAGCAAGCAAAAGUGCCAGCAAAAGUCCUGAACUGCUUGCGAAAUACUGUGAUCUGUUGUUGAAAAAAUCCAGCAAGAAUCCAGAGGAAGCUGAGCUCGAAGAUACCCUUAAUCAAGUUAUGGUCGUUUUCAAGUACAUUGAAGAUAAGGACGUGUUUCAAAAGUUCUACAGUAAGAUGCUUGCUAAGCGUCUUUGUCAUCAUAUGUCUGCUAGUGAUGAUGCCGAAGCGUCGAUGAUUUCCAAGCUAAAACAGGCUUGUGGUUUCGAGUACACUAGUAAACUACAGCGAAUGUUCCAGGACAUAGGAGUUUCGAAGGAUCUCAAUGAACAAUAUAGACAGCAUGUGAAAGGACUGCGUGAGGCGUCCAAAUCUACAGGCAACGAUAUUGAUUUCAGUAUUCUUGUACUGUCGAGUGGCUCUUGGCCGUUCAAUCAAAGCUUUACGUUUUCUUUGCCGUUUGAGUUGGAACAAUCUGUCCAUCGAUUCAACAAUUUCUACGCCAAACAACAUUCCGGACGAAAGCUAAACUGGCUGUACAACAUGUGUCGCGGAGAACUUAUUACCAACUGUUUUCGAUUGCGAUACACUUUACAGGCCAGCACGUUCCAAAUGGCUGUUUUGUUACAGUUUAAUGAGCAAACAACAUGGACUAUUCAACAGUUAGGUGAAAAUACGAGUAUCAAUCACGAAAGUUUAAUUCAAGUACUUCAGAUACUCUUGAAAACAAAGCUGCUUACAUGUUACGACGAUGAAGCUAACCUUCAACUGGGAUCAUGUGUUGAGCUUAAUACUGGAUUUAAGAAUAAAAAACUUCGGAUCAAUAUAAACUUCCCGCUCAAAACAGAACUGAAGGUGGAACAAGAAGCCACACAUAAGCACAUCGAGGAAGAUCGCAAGAUUCUGAUACAGGCAGCAAUUGUAAGGAUUAUGAAGAUGCGCAAAGUACUAAAUCACACGCAUCUGGUCGGAGAAGUACUAAACCAACUAUCGACCAGAUUUAAACCUAAGGUUCAAGUGAUCAAGAAAUGUAUUGACAUUCUCAUAGAAAAGGAAUAUCUUGAGCGCCAGGAAGGGCAGAAAGAUACGUAUAGCUAUUUAGCUUGAUCAGUAUUUAGUUUGCUGUUCGUAGCUAUCUAAACAAUUUCUUGAAUAUCAAAACUGAACGUAGAAAUAAAGUUUAAAAAUAACAUUUAACGGAAGGCAUACACAAAAAUGCUGUAAUGUUCAAAGGAUACAAGCUAAACCUUGAAUUUUGCUAUUUCUCCGUCCUAUUAUAGAACUCGAAAAACACGAUCGAAAUCCAGAAAAUGAUUGAAAGUUUUUUUUCAACUUGUAUAAUCUUUUAGGCAUUUUUAAUUAGGGACGGAUCCGCUCUUAAAAUAUAACUUAGUAUUUUUUGUUUUUAUAAAUUUUCAGUAAAACGAUGUGAUAACGUCAGAUGUAUCAUAUUGAUUAAUAUGAUAGGCAAAUAGGCGAAUUUUGAAAUUUUGUAUUGCGAUUUCUUGUGGUUGCACGAUUAUUUUAGUUUUUUCUCUUCUUUUCAACGUAACAGUUACAUGCUCGAUUUGGCAGUCACUGAGUAACGUAGCAAUCCGUUCACAGUAAAUUUCCAAUAGUGAGAAUCCAUUUCUUUGUUGUACAAUAGAUAGCUAUCUUUAUGAUCAUACAGAAAAAAAAUGUUGAUACAUAUUCAGAAAGUCUACUAAUUUGAAAGAAAACAAUAGAAAAUCAGUUUGAUUGUAAAAUAAACGGAUUUAUUCAGUUCAUACAA